AUGGCGCGCAACAAGAAAGACGCGCAGCCGACGGCAACCUCGACGCAGAUGCCAACCAGACCAAUGGGCCAACUCGUCCAGCUGGAUGCUCUGAUUGAGUCCAACGGAGUCACGUUCAAGUUCGAUCAGCUUCCACCCGUCGAUGACUUUGUCUUCGGCGCAGUUGGCACUCUGCACUUGAAAGACAAGAACACACACGCCGAGAAGCUGUUUCUGGGUCAAAAUGCCACGCGCCGAACCUGGGCUCUGCUCAAGUACUGGUCCGUCUCAGCUCACAAGGGGUCCGAAGUCAUCUUCUACAACGAGAUGUCCAACGGGCUGUCUUUGGCGGUCAAGGAACUCUCCGAGAUGGCGCUCAUGUACCCGUUCAAAGUCUUCAAGGAGAAGAACCUCGUGCAGAGCAUUCGCCACCUCUCGCACUUUGUUCAGUACAUCUACUUGUAUACGGGCAAGGUCAGCAAGGUGUUCCCCGUCAGCCUGCUGACUGCCGAGGAGGUGCUGCUUUCGGCUGUCGGCACCAUCUACACUGCGUACGAGAAGAAGGGUGGUGUCGAGGUCAUUCCGGAUUGCCAUGGCCCAGGCCCGUUUGACGACGUCUCGCUCGACGACGACCAGAUUCCGCUUCUGGACAAGGACGCCAUUCGCAAGGCGGCAUUGAAUAGCGCUGAGCAGGUCAUCGAGUCGAGCCCGGAUCCAGAGCUCCCUGACAUCUAUGCGCCGGGGCCCAGCACCGAGUACAAGGGCAAGGGUAAGCAGAAAGAGACGGAUCCCAUCGACUCUGACGACGACGGCGACGCCCAGUCAGUCAUCUCCAAGGGCAGGCACGACAUGGCGCUGGGACGCAGCGAGCGCGGCCUUACGCCUCUCACCGAUGUUCUCAGCGGGAUCAAGCGCAAAGCCGACGGCGAGGAGCCCUACCACCAGUACCGCCGCCUGAAGAACCGGAAGCAGAAGGAGUUGCAGCGCGAGAAGGAGCUUCAGAAGCAACUGAAAGAGAUCCAGGCCCGCAAGCCAACGUACGACCGCGAGAUGCAGAUGCUGUUGGACCAGCAGUCCAAGGACGAGCUGGUGCGCUGGGCUCUGGCGAACAGUGUUGAGGGAAGCGAGGAGAACGACGAGGAGGAGGAGAACAACGGACAGCCCAAUGCCUCUUUGGGUGACGAGUAG